GAACAAACGCGAUCAUCUGAUUUCCAGGAAAAGGAGCGAAGGAAAAGCGAAAUUAACUUUCUCUCUCUCCUUCUCUCUCGCUCUCUCUCGCGGAGGAGGCACCGAUGGCGGCCGUGGGGGGGCCCUGCUGGACCUGCUGGAAGAAGCCACCUGCCCCAUUUGCCUGGAGUACUUCCGGGACCCCCGCUAUGGCCCUUGGGGCGAGGAAGGAGGGAGCUUCUGCAGGACGCACCGGGAGCCCCUCAAGCUCUUCUGCAAGGACCACGAGACCCUCAUCUGCGUGGUCUGUGACCGAUCCCGAGAGCACAGGGACCACCGGGUGAUUCCUCUGGAGGAGGCUUUCCAGGAGUAUCAGGUAGGAGUCAGCCUUGAGGGCCCUCCAAUAGCAUUGAUGGAUUUCACUGAUUCAUUGAUUGAUUAUGACCUGAUCAAAAGAGAGAGAGAAAACACAGUGGCUGAGUUCAGAGAACUAUGACGUUGCUUGGAAGAACAGGAGAAGCUUCUGCUGGCCAGAAUGGAAGAGACGGAGAAGGAGAUUGUGGCAAGAAGGGACGAGUGGCUGGCCACACACAUGGAGGAACUUUCCUCUCUUGAGGAUCUCAUCCAGGAGAGGGAGGAGAAGCAUCAGCAGCCAGCAAGCAAACUCUUACAGGAAAUUGGAAAAUAUGAAGACUAUACUCUGGAAUUUGGGCUUCAACUGCAGAAAGCAAACGUAAUUCUGGAUCCAGAAACAGCCCAUUCUCGCCUCGCCCUCUCCAAGGAUCGUAAAGAUGUCAGAGGAAUUGUUAAAUAUCAAUAUCUUCCCGAAAACCCAAAGAGAUUUGAAAAUGACCGAUACGUCCUUGGCUGUCAGGGGUUUUCAACAGGGAGACAUUUCUGGGAAGUCACUGUAGGAGAUGAGGGGGGAUGGGCUGUUGGCGUUGCCAAAAAGUCAGUGAAGAGAAAGGAUUACCUUAAUCCUUGUCCUGAGGAAGGGAUCUGGGAAGUUGGGAAAUGGGGAGGGAAAUACAGGGCCAGCCUUUCCCAAAUAUACACCAAACUGUCCCUGACUACGAAUCUGAAGAGGAUCCGAGUCUCUCUCAACUGUGAAGGGGGACAGGUGGCCUUUUUUGACGCCCAGACCGCAGCCCUGCUCUACAUGUUCUCGGAAGCUGCCUUCGCUGGAGAGAUUCUUCUGCCCUCUUUCUUUCUGAACAGCCAUGUUUGCCUAACACUUGCUCCCUAAAAGUGGGGACAUUCAUGGAGAAAACUUUGGAAAAAUCCCUAUUUGCCAAGUAGGGAUCUCUGAAGGCCUGUAGACCAAAUUUGCACAGAAAUAAAUAUUGCCCUCCAUGGAAAAUUGGCUGGGAGGGAGCCAGGAUCUCUCCUCGUACACAGAACCUGUGUUAAUACUCUGCCUCAUGAGUGUUGAGGUUGUGAAAUGUUAUUACUGAAAACAUGAGG